CAGUUCUCCCUGUUCCGCGGCCAACUGCGUGUAGUGCGCAACAGCUUCAAAUACAAACUCUGAAUGGAAAAGAGUAAUGCUUCCUGCUAUGAAGUAUCUUAUUUCAAAGUAGUCGUUCUGAGCUAAACAAGUGUAGUUUUUUUCAUUAUGACAAGCGUGUGUGAUCUUGGAAAAUAAAAUAAACGAAAGAGACUGAACAUGUUGAACAAAAGGAGGAAAAUAAUAUUUUUAUUAUGUGGAUGUAGUCUGCUGCUGUCGUUCUUCCAUCUACGGGAUUACGAGAAGUAUGAUAAGCUAUAUAAGCAAAAUGUGAAAGACAAUGUGCAGGAACUCGUGCAACGCGUGCAAAAGAUGUGGGUUUUGAAGCGCGAGGACAACUCGGCGAGCACCGGGACCCCGCCCGCGGAGACUACAACGCUCCCAGACGCGACGACCCAACGUUUCCCUUUGGGGUCGUGGCGAGGACUAGCAAAUUUUACCGUAGAAAAGUCGGAAGUGGCGUUCCCGAGCACGACCAACUGCAGCAAAGACCAAACCCGGACGAGUAAGAAAGGGCCGUUUGUGCCGACAUUGUACGGGUAUCCAUGCAGGAAAUGGCAAGUUUCUUCUCCCCGCAAUGGCUUGUGGCCAGCGGUCCUCGCUCCAAGCAAAGGUUCUGUUCUCGAAGAAGCUUAUGUUCGCUUCUCAGACUCCAAGGCGCUGGACCUGGUGGACGUGCAGAUGGGCGUGCAGCGGCGCCGGCUGCAGCACCUGACCGACACCUGCCUGGCCCACCCUGAGCUCGCCGUCCGACAGCAACUUACCCUCGUGUGGGGCAGCGAUCGCUCGCCUCCCAUUGUAUACUGUCCCAUCUACAAGGCGGCGUCGACAACAUGGUUCGUGUACUUCCUCCGACUCGCUCACGUGAACGACAACAAUCCCAUUCUGGCUCUCUACAACGAGACGGAGCGUGAGAAGAAGAAGUACAUGCCUCGAUUUGGCGGCGGACACCGACGCGUGUUCGAGGAGUUCCGAGCCCCCAACGCCUCGUGGGAGAAGCAGAAGGUGUUCCGCAAGGCUCUGCGCUUCAUCGUGGUCCGGCAUCCCUUCGCCAGGUUACUCUCCGCAUAUCGGGACAAGAUACAGCGUAGCGACCCACGCCCAUUCAUGGCGUACUUUAAGGACCUGCAGCGAGCCAUCAUUGCCAAGUACCGCCCUACCAACAGCACUGAAGCCUCCGCCACGCCCACAUUUGCCGAGUUCAUUGAGUACUUGAUCGAUUCCACCGCGAACCUGACGACUGCCCAGGACUGGACCGUCAACGUGGUGUGCUGGACGCCGUACUGGGUGCAGUGUGGCGUCUGCGCCUCCGAUUACCAGGUCGUGGUCAAGCUGGAGACGAUGGCGGAGGACGAGCAGUUCCUGGCGCAUGUGGCGAACCUGAAGGAGAUCCAGAAAGUGCACGAGUGGAGGAACCUGAAGAAGUUUGCGGUCUCGUCCGUGGACCUGGUGUCGGAGUAUUACAAGAAGAUAACAAAGAAACAAAUAUAUUUGUUAUAUGAGAGAUAUAAACUUGAUUUCCACUUGUUUGACUACACAAUCGAUGAGUACUUGGACUACGCUUUGGAAAACUAGUCUAUUUGAGAAUUUAAUAAAAAACAUUAAGAAUA